UCGUCAGUCCCUCAUUUUCUUUAAAACAGACUUAACCGUAGAAUUCAGUAUUGGAUUGAGCUCUAUGAACCUUUCUGUUGCUUCUCAGUCCCUCUCUCUUCCGCAGAGACGAUCUUUGUCUUACAAUGACGCAAUUCCUAUGACACCAUCCUCUCUUCUCCACCGCAUCCCCACCAGCAAUUCCGCAUUUAUUCACCAUCCAUUCACUGGCCGCCACAAAAUCAUAAUCCGUUCGUCGGCGAAACCAACCAUCACCGAUGAGCCUCGUACCUUACUUCGUGUUGCUGCUACCUCCGCCUUACUGUUCUUAGGCCUAAGUGUUGGUGUUUGGCAAGCAGCGGCUUCGACUACGUUUCUCCACCCCGCGACCACUAAAUUACCGGAAAUUGCAGUUGUCCCUCAAGAUUUUAUGGACACAGAGGGUGAUGAUACCAAUGGCAAUUCUAAGGCUUCGGAAAAAUUUGAAGACGAAGAGUUGAACAGUGCAUUUGAAGCUUGGAAGUCAAAAACAUUUGCUUUAUCUGUUCCUCUUAGAAUUGUUGCUCUUCGUGGUUCUAUGCCUCCUUCCUGGGGAAAGGAUUUCACACAAUCUCAAGGAAGGAGAUUAAGGCUUCGUAUGCAGUUCCUUGGAAGUCUUGACAAGAUUUUUUCUGACCUAUCAAUGUCCUUUAACAAACGCAGGAUUGGUCCUGCAUCUGUUGUGGCUGCUGAUGUUGUUAGUAUUGGUGAUUCCUGGCUUAGUUUUGCCAUUAAAAAGUCUAUAGUUGAGCCCAUUACUGGGAUAGAAGACCAGGAUUGGUAUAAAGAUUUAAGCGAAAAAUGGAAGGUAUACUUACGCAGGAAUCGUGAGGGAAAAAUAGACCCAAAUGGUGAAGUAUGGGCUGCUCCAUAUCGAUGGGGCACUAUGGUGAUAGCCUACAAGAAAAAUAAACUCCAGAAGAAUAAAUUGGCUCCAAUAGAGGAUUGGGCAGAUCUAUGGCAGCCUAAGCUCGCAGGGAGGAUUUCUAUGGUUGACUCUCCUAGAGAGGUGGUUGGUGCAGUUUUGAAAUAUAUGGGAGCAUCAUAUAAUACAGAGAACAUUGAAUUGGAAGUUCCUGGUGGAAGGAAGGCAGUCCAACAAAAUCUUGCAUUCCUUCAAAAACAGGUUCGGCUAUUCGACAGUGUGGACUAUCUUAAAGCAUUUGGAGUGGGAGAUGUAUGGGUGGCUGUUGGGUGGAGUAGUGAUGUCCUUCCUGUUGCCAAGCGGAUGUCUAAUGUUGCUGUUGUAGUUCCCAAGUCUGGAGCUAGCUUAUGGGCUGAUCUCUGGGCAAUCCCUGCUGCCUCUAGACUUGAAACAAACGAAAUCGGAGGACGAGUGAGAGGGCCAUCUCCAUUAAUCCAUCAGUGGAUAGAGUUCUGCUUGCAAGCUGCAAGAGCACUGCCUUUUAAGCAGGAGGUAAUACCUGGUGCAACUCCUUCUGCCCUUGAAAGCAUUCCAAUUGAAGUCCCUAAAGAGCUGACCAGGAAUAAGCCAAGUCUAGACACAAAUCUUAUUGCUGGAGUACCUCCACCUGAAAUUUUGUCUAGAUGCGAGUUCUUGAAGCCGCUGUCUGAUGCUACAUUAUCAGAUUAUUGGUGGCUGAUUGCCGGUAUGCAGAAGUCUGAUCCUGGUUUAGUCCAUAGAAUACAUCAUCAUCUCUCGUCGAUGGCACAGUCUGUUAGGUUAAAGCUGUAUCCCAAGGCCUAAACUUGGACAAAGUUUCAUUGAAGCAAGUCAGCAACUUCCAAAAUGCUAAGAUGAGCUUUGACGGGUUCGGGUUCUGACAUAUCUGCGGGCACAUCGGUAGGAUAAUUUCAAGGUUAAGCGGAGCUUACUAGUUAUUGUAAGUUAGGUCUUUUUAUCUCAGUUUCAAAUUUUUAGUAUAGAAUAAAUAUUUAUCUUAUUGUUGAAACAUUUUAUAAUGUAUUUGUGCAAUCAAAAUUAUAUUAUAUGUA